AUGGCUCAAGCUCUGACCUUACGUGCCAAUUUUACUGGCUAUGCCUUUGUGAAUACCACUCCAGAUGUAAAGAAUGGCCGAUUGCAUAGCGAGCUACUCAUAGGUACGGAUCUGACUGAUGUUCUUGCCAUCACCUUUGAAGUAUAUGUCAGCAAUGCCAUCAUCAGUAGUCCUCACUUCGGUGACUUGCUAUUUGUUCGAGGCAAUCUGAUCUCCCGCAUCAUCAACGAUGAAUUGGUAGCAUCCUCCUCUCUAUCCACAUGCACUGUCCUUCUCACAGGUCAUCUGGAGGAAAACAUGCAUCCUGAUUUGGAGACCAAUGUCAUUUUCGACAUCACCGGAAUCAUUGCUGCCAUCGAAGAUCGCACGUUCACAUUGACUACUGGAUCCUUUGACUCUGCAGCCCGUGGAGUCAUUCAAUUUCCUGUUUCAAUUCUCAUUCCCUCCGCACCACGUUGGCAGAACAUCCACAUUCCCAACAUUGGUGCACCAUUACAAGUAUCAGCUCGAUAUCGAGACACUCACACCAAUGUGCUUCAAUUUGAUCUUGAGGACUUAGGUUAUCUCCGCUCAGCCGGACCUCUGUCCUCGCCCGGCAACACUAAAAAACGCAGCCUGUUUAAUCGACAGAUGAAUCCUGAUCAGACUGUCAUGGAGCAAUCUGAACCAAGUUCUUCUUCUACUCUCGCUGCUUCGCUGGGACACUGA